AUGGAACCCGAGUAUGGCCGCGUGUCCGCCGAUAUGACCUCUUCCCAACCAGGCCUUAUUGAGCAGCUCCAUGGCUCAACGUCAGCCUCCGUGGACCCCAAUCAGAAAGACGUGCUGUCAACGGAUUCCGUGUCACUACGGACCCAAAGCCAAACUCAACAGCCCCCACUGAAAUCGAGUCGUGCGGACGGGGUUUUAGAUAUCCGUCCUAUCGCUCGAGUUGGGAACCCCGCACGUUCGUCGAGCCGGGCCCCUCGAAGAUUCAGUGGGAGCACCGCAGCAAGUACUGCUGCCAGCUCGAUCAGUGAGCUGGAACACAAUGGCCCUAGACCAUGGAGAAUUGGUGUCUGCGCCCUAGACGUCAAGGCUCGAAGUAAGCCCAGUCAGAACAUCCUUACCCGUCUACAGGCAAAGGGGGAGUUCGAAGUCAUCGUUUUCGGAGAUAAGGUCAUCCUUGACGAAGAGGUGGAAAAUUGGCCGGUGUGUGAUUUCUUGAUCGCCUUCUUCUCGGAUGGAUUCCCGUUGGACAAGGCCAUUGCAUAUGCAAAGCUUCGCAAGCCGCUUUGUGUCAAUGACCUCCCAAUGCAAAAAGUGCUCUGGGACCGGCGGCUAUGUUUGAGGAUCCUGGAUCAAAUGGGUGUUCCCACCCCAAAAAGGAUCGAAGUCAAUCGCGACGGAGGACCGGUCUUGGAGUCGCCUGAGAUGGCCCAGCAUAUCUAUCGGCUUACUGGCGUGAAACUUGAAGGCCCUGAAGAUGGUACAGGAGGUGGUGCUCCGAGGACUCAGAACGUUUCGAUGUCAGAGGACGGAGAGGCGUUGGUGGUCGAUGGGAAGGUCUUCCAAAAACCCUUCGUGGAAAAGCCGGUCAACGGCGAGGACCAUAACAUUCACAUCUAUUUCCCCAACGAUCCGCAGUAUGGGGGUGGUGGCCGUAAGCUUUUCCGCAAGGUCGGCAACAAAAGCUCGGAGUAUGACCCCAAUCUGUCUGUCCCCCGUUCUGUCUCAGAGAAAGAAACAAGCUAUCUAUAUGAGCAAUUUCUCCGGGUGGACAACGCGGAGGAUGUGAAGGCCUAUACCGUUGGGCCUGAUUUCUGUCAUGCCGAGACUCGUAAGUCUCCGGUGGUUGAUGGCCUCGUUCGCCGUAAUACACAUGGAAAGGAGUUGCGUUAUAUCACACAACUAAGCAAGGAAGAGGCUGCUAUGGCCUCGAAAAUCUCAAAUGGGUUUGGCCAGAGAAUCUGUGGCUUUGAUAUGCUGCGCGUGGGCGAUAAAAGCUAUGUCAUUGAUGUCAAUGGCUGGAGUUUUGUUAAAGACAACAAUGAUUAUUACGACAAGACUGCCCAUAUUCUACGGGAUAUAUUCCUCAACGAUAUACGCAAGCGAGAUCCAACGGUUGAGUUUACUGAACCUCCCUUGCCGGAUAUAAGCUCUUCUCCGCGGCGAAAUACCAUGGAGCAUCGGCAUGCUCUCAAGACCCUCUUGAAGUCCCCAAGCACAUCUCGACUUUACGGAACUCCACCCAAGAAUAAUGAGGGUCCCCAAUCUGAAAUCGCAACUACCACUCCCUCAUUGGCGUCGUUUUCAGGCUUGGAGAACGCCGAACUGAAUAACGCCAAUCCUGGACAUUCAAACUCUCGUGAAGCUUACUCUGAUUCUCGAGGCUAUAGCCCAUCCAACACAAAAUCUCCAGCGGUCUCCGUUCAUCAGGUCGCCGACAGUGCUCCUCCUCCCCUUCCAGCAUCAAAGCACUCGUGGAAAUUGAAGGGAAUGGUUGCGGUCAUCCGACAUGCUGAUCGUACUCCUAAGCAGAAAUUCAAGUUCACCUUUCACAGUCAGCCAUUUGUUGAUUUGCUCAAGGGUCACCAAGAGGAAGUCGUGAUCAAAGGAGCUGCGGCCCUUUCAAGCGUUUCUGAUGCUGUGAAAAUAGCUAUUGAUCAAGGUUUGGAAGAUAUCGACAAGCUUCAACUACUCCGCGCAUCUUUAGAGAAGAAGGGCGGAUGGCCUGGCCUGAGGAAAUGGGGGACCAUGCCUCCCCUUCUGCGGCAACGCCAGCCAAUGUACCCCCCCGAAGACCCCAUCUCGCCAGUGACCAGUGAUUGUCCGGAGAACGAGGCCCUGCGUCGAUCUCAGACGAGGAGUGACUCAAUUUCUGGUCCAACCUUUUCACGAUUCUCUGCCGUAGAGAAUGACUUGAUCUUGGAUAAACUUCAACUUGUGAUCAAGUGGGGAGGCGAGCCCACACAUGCAGCGCGCUAUCAGUCGCAAGACCUAGGCCUAAACAUGCGCGACGACCUUAAGUUAAUGAACAAAGAGGCUCUCAACAACGUUCGCCUCUUCACUAGCUCCGAGCGACGAGUGAGCACAAGUGCUCAAAUCUGGGCUUGUUCUUUCCUUGAUCAGAAGGAAAUCCCUGAGGAUUUGAUCCAAGUUCGUAAAGAUCUAUUGGAUGAUUCCAAUGCCGCGAAAGAUGUGAUGGACAAAGUCAAGAAGAAACUGAAGCUGCUGCUCCGCGAGGGGUCUGCGCCAUCGCAGUUUGCCUGGCCGAAGGAUAGCAACAUACCGGAGCCCUCUGUUGUUCUCGCGACCGUGGUUGAAUUGAUGAAAUUCCACCGGACCGUCAUGCGGCACAACUUCGCCAAGUUCGAGGAUAUCUCUGAAACUUACGACGAAUCAAAUCACGCUGAUUUGAAAUCUGACCAAACGACAAUUGACAAUAUCCAAGGGCGGUGGUGUGCCGGAGAGGACCCACGGCUUUUCAAGGAAAGGUGGGAGAAACUUUUUGCUGAGUUCUGCGACACCGAGAAGGUCGACCCGAGCAAGCUUAGUGAGCUUUACGACAGUAUGAAGUUCGAUGCUCUUCAUAAUCGUCAAUUUCUAGAAUGGGUGUUCAUGCCCCCCGACAAUGAUCACGACGAGGAUGACAAGGGUAGCGUCAAGGGUAGCCGUUCGGCCAAGUCCGACUCAAUCGCGGAGACUAAGGCUGGCUCUGACGCGAAUGAACGCUCUGAUGAUCGUACUGAAAAUCCAUCAUUCGCUCAGCGCUUCGGGUUGAAAAAGCGAUUGAAUGCACCGGAAUCUUUGCCGCACCUCCGGGCCCUGGAUGACUCGUAUGACCAUUACUUCAAGCUGUUCCCAGGCUCAAAUUCAAGCAAGAAUAAAAUGGAUGAACGACUCUCCAAGCUUCGGGAACUAUACAAGCUGGCGAAGGUUUUGUUCGACUAUGUGACUCCCCAGGAAUAUGGUAUUACCGACAGCGAGAAGCUCGAAAUCGGACUGCUCACGUCGCUGCCUCUUCUUCAAGAGAUUGUCCACGACCUUGAAGAGGUACAGGCAUCCGAAGACGCAAAGUCUUUCUUCUAUUUCACGAAGGAGUCUCACAUUUACACACUAUUGAAUUGCAUCCUCGAGGGUGGUAUCCAGACUAAGAUAGCACGCAGUGCCAUCCCGGAACUUGACUAUCUCUCGCAAAUCUGCUUUGAGCUCUACGAAGCCCGGGACAGCGAGUCCGAUGUGAAUUCGUACUCUAUCCGGAUUUCUAUUAGCCCUGGCUGUCAUGCCUUCGACCCUUUAGAUGUGCAACUUGAUUCCCGUCAUGCAAUUGGAUGCACGCCGAGGCGCAGUCUGACUGCACAUCAGGAUUGGAAAGAAGUGAUAGAGACGCUGCGGGCAAAGUUCGACACAGUGAAGCUUCCUCAGUCGUUCAUCGCUGUGAACCUGAGUGACAAGCAAAAUUCUCCACCUCUUGAUGGACAUGAGUCCCCAUAA